CAGUUGGCAUGUUAGGUCGGAUGGUUGGCGCCGGGCAUGUACCAGGGACAAGUGCAUCUAACAAUUACAGACGAGAGACUCAGAGAACAAAGACAGUAAAGCAUUUGUCCGUCAAUAAAAACAUCAUUACGUCUCCCAGUUGUUACUUCACAGAUCAACAAUGCCUUGCCCAAAAACAAAGAGAAACAAACAGCCAAGUUGCCUCCUCCGAUUCCCAUAUCAACAAAACAACAUGUCUAUCCGGCGGUUUCGAAGAUGGCUUUGCCAUCCUAUCAUCAUCUCUAUGAGUCUUCUUCUCCUCAUCUCUACCAUUCCGUUGUACAUCAUCUAUCAAUUCGAACGCGAUGACGACGUCCUAAGGGACUAUCUUCUCAACCUUGACGACCACCGAACCUCAGUCGAACAGAAUCAUCACGGAGAGAAAACGGCCGAAAUAAUACCUCGAAUCAUACAUCAAACAUACAUCAACAAUCAGAUUCCCGAGAAAUGGCUGCCAGCCUACAGGUCAUGCCAACAAGUUCACAACGAUAGCACCUGGACGCAUGUGCUGUGGACUGAUGAUACGGCAAGGAAUUUGAUCGAGGAGUCUUAUCCCUGGUUUCUUCCAACCUACGAUAGCUAUCCUUACGCCAUCCAACGCGUCGAUGCAAUCCGCUAUUUCGUCAUCUACCAUUUCGGUGGAUUCUACCUCGAUCUCGACAUAGGCUGCCGGAAACCACUCGAGCCCUUCCAACAAUUCGACGCGAUUUUCCCCAAGACGCAGCCAUUUGGGGUCAGCAACGACAUGAUGGCCGCGUUUAAGGGACAUGUGUUCUUCAAGCAACUUAUAACAGAGCUGAAGGGACACAGUUACCGAGUUGGCACAAAGUACCCGACGGUUAUGUGGUCGACUGGCCCGGUAUUUGUCACUCAGCAGCUGGCCAAUUUUCUACGAACCAAGCAGAACCAAAGUAACGUUGCGGUUCCUGCAUCCUCGUCCAUCGAAGGAACAGUGCGCGUUAUUCCGCACGAGCUAUAUGCUUCGGCAAAGUACUCAUUCUUCACGCACCAUCCCGGAUCAUCAUGGCACGGCUGGGAUGUCCAGGUGAUUUCCUUCUUGUGGCAGAACGUUUUCAUGAUUGCAGAAUUUGCCGCUGCUAUUACCAUCUUCACUUGCUACCAACAACGCCGUGUUCUAAAAAGGAGGACUUUGGUAGUUGGCAAUGGGUUAUGUUAAAGGGCAAUCACCUGCCGAAAAGAACACCCCUGGACGAAAACUCAGCCUGGGAGUUGGAGGACAGAAUCUCAUCCUUGGAUGGACGGUCAAGGUCGUGGGAAAACAGCAUGGCAGCUGAUUACAAAGUAUUGUGGACAUCUUCGAUUGAAUGCUGGCGCGCUGACACCAGUAUCGCAACACUUGGACAAUCCAUUUAUCUUCCACAUCUGAUCACCCCGGUCUCCCAUUCCCGCAGCUGGUAUUGCGGCCAAUAGCGUGGCGCAUUUCUGCUUCGCGCCAUAAAAAAAAACCAACAACUCCGUCCCUGUUGAAUAGAUACUAUUUUACUAGAGAGAGAGUAAGAAAUACUCUUGAUAAAUAAUACCUGAUACCACUAUGCUGUGUAAUUCUAGCACGUGAUGAUAAGCACUUGUGUCGACGAGUGGAGACGAAAAGACGUC